UUUGAAUUAUACAAGUCCAUCACAGAGCAUGUGCAAAGGAAACAUGCUCUUCAUAUUUAAAGGGAGGCAGAUUGAUUCACUUUUACCAUCAGCUGCACAUGAAAGCAGCUUCCUACAGCUAAACAGAGAAGCACUUCAUAUCUCUGCAAAAGAACAGACACUCUCAUUAAAGAAAGCAAAGCAGUGAUUCAGCUGCCACUAGCCAUUCAGUUUUCUUCUGGUUAAGAGAAGAAAAAUAUGAAUUAUCAGUCUGUACGAAAAGGCAUCACCUGUCCUCCGCAAGAUGCUAAUUGCACCAGGAUACUGGAAUCUUUAAAUUCUUGGAAUAACUCAGAAAUUAAUUCGUAUAAACUAGUGGAGCUGCCAUCAAUUGCUACUACGGAAACACCUCAGUAUGAAAUCCACCAUGUCUAUCCAACAGUUGAUGUUCCAGACCAUGUUCAUUAUGUAGUUGGUGCUGUCAUCCUUGCAGUGGGAAUAACAGGCAUGCUGGGAAAUUUUCUAGUCAUUUAUGCUUUCUGCAGAAGUAGGAGUCUUCGAUCUCCUGCAAAUAUGUUCAUCAUCAACCUUGCUAUCACUGAUUUCUUAAUGUCGGUAACUCAGGCACCGGUAUUUUUUGCAACUAGUUUGCAUAAAAGAUGGAUCUUUGGAGAGAAAGGUUGCGAGCUAUAUGCUUUUUGCGGAGCCCUUUUUGGAAUUACUUCCAUGAUCACACUGAUGGUGAUUGCUGUGGAUAGGUAUUUUGUGAUCACACGACCACUCACCUCCAUUGGUGUUAUGUCCAAGAAAAGGGCAGUGCUAAUCCUUUUAGGUGUUUGGCUGUAUUCUCUGGCAUGGAGUCUUCCUCCCUUCUUUGGUUGGAGUGCAUAUGUGCCAGAGGGUCUCCUGACAUCCUGCACCUGGGAUUAUAUGACCUUUACUCCAUCUGUUCGAGCAUAUACCAUGCUUCUCUUCUGUUUCGUUUUCUUCAUUCCACUUUUUAUCAUUAUAUAUUGCUACAUAUUUAUCUUUAAAGCCAUCAAGAAUACAAACAGGGCAGUUCAGAAAAUAGGUACAGAUGACAACAAGGAAUCUCACAAGCAGUAUCAGAAAAUGAAGAAUGAAUGGAAAAUGGCAAAAAUUGCUUUGAUUGUUAUCCUGCUUUAUGUGGUUUCAUGGUCACCAUAUUCUACAGUGGCCCUAGUGGCCUUUGCAGGAUAUGCAAGUGUCUUAACACCAUACAUGAACUCUGUGCCUGCUGUAAUUGCAAAAGCUUCUGCCAUUCACAAUCCUAUAAUAUAUGCAAUUACACAUCCCAAAUAUCGGAUGGCAAUAGCAAAAUAUAUUCCUUGUCUGGGAUCAUUGCUAAGAAUAAAACGCAGAGACUCCAGAUCCUAUAGCAGUUACGCUUCUUCUCGGCGUUCUACUGUUACCAGCCAGUGUAGCCAGUCGUCUGACGUGGGUGGGCAUCCCAAGCUGAAAAAACGCUUGCAAAGCGUCUCAGACAGCGAAUCGGGCUGGACUGAUAUUGAAGCUGAUAGUAGUGUGAACUCCAGACAAGCCAGUAGGCAGGUUUCCUAUGAAAUGGGCAAAGACACCACUGAGAAUAAUGAUUUAAAAUCCAAAGCUAAGCUGAAAAGUCACGAUUCUGGAAUUUUUGAGAAGACAUCAAUGGAUGCAGAUGAUAUUUCCUUGGUGGAACUUGGGACAGUUGAUCGAAGUUCUCCAAUUAUGACUAGUAAACAUUUGAAUGGUCUGGGGCAAAGAAAGGGUGACUCUAUCACAAGACGAUCCCCAUCAUCACGCAUUCCAAGUAUUGUUGUGACGCACAGCAAUCACCAAGGGAGCCCAGCCUCAGUGAGGCAUGAUUCAGCCUUGCCUGGUACUAAAGUCAGUAACAAUCAAGACCGAGAGAAGGAAGUCAAAAUGCAAAUAGAGAAGAUGAAGCAGUAUGUGCCCAUUGUGACCAUCACUUCUGAAACAGAAAACAUCUUGAACACAUCCUGAGAAAGGCUUCUGAAAGGGAGUUAAUUCCAUAUUUUUUUGUUUUAAUUGUCUUAUCCUUUAACUGUGUUCUCAGUUGUUCUGAUUGAUAUUGCACUCCAUGUUGAAGCUAUUGUUACAUAAAUGUUAAAAAUGG